GGGAAGAACUUCCAACUUCCCAACAGCAGUUCGGCCCUGAGUCCGAAUGGGAGCACCGCCGAGGCUGGCCUGGCCGCAAACCUCACCUUCUCCUCUUACUACCAGCACUCCUCACCGGUGGCAGCCAUGUUCAUUGUGGCCUAUGUGCUCAUCUUCCUGCUGUGCAUGGUGGGCAAUGCCUUGGUCUGCUUCACUGUACUUCGGAACCGGCACAUGCGCACUGUCACCAACAUGUUCAUCCUCAACCUGGCCGUCAGUGACCUGCUGGUAGGCAUCUUCUGCAUGCCCACCACCCUUGUGGACAACCUCAUCACUGGGUGGCCCUUCGACAAUGCCACAUGCAAGAUGAGCGGCUUGGUGCAGGGCAUGUCCGUGUCAGCUUCCGUGUUCACGCUGGUGGCCAUUGCUGUAGAAAGGUUCCGUUGCAUCGUACAUCCUUUCCGCGAGAAGCUGACCCUGCGGAAGGCGCUGGUCACCAUCGGGGUCAUCUGGGCUCUGGCGCUGCUCAUCAUGUGCCCGUCGGCCGUGACGCUGACCGUGACCCGCGAAGAGCACCACUUCAUGGUGGAUGCCCGCAACCGCUCCUACCCGCUCUACUCGUGCUGGGAGGCCUGGCCCGAGAAGGGUAUGCGUAAGGUGUACACCACCGUGCUCUUCUCGCACAUUUACGUGGCUCCACUGGCGCUCAUCGUGGUCAUGUACGCGCGCAUCGCCCGCAAACUGUGCAAGGCAGCCGGCCCGGCGCGUGACGGCCAGGAGGCACCUGCCGCCGAGGGUGGCCGGGCGGCGCGCCGCAAGGCGCGCGUGGUGCACAUGCUGGUCAUGGUGGCGCUGUUCUUCACGCUGUCCUGGCUGCCGCUCUGGGCGCUGCUGCUGCUCAUCGACUAUGGGCAGCUCACCGAGCCGCAGCUGCAUCUUGUCUCCGUCUACGCCUUCCCUUUCGCCCACUGGCUGGCCUUCUUCAACAGCAGCGCCAACCCCAUCAUCUACGGCUAUUUCAACGAGAACUUCCGCCGUGGCUUCCAGGCCGCCUUCCGCACUCGCUUCUGCCCUCCGCAGUGGGGUGGCCAUAAAGAGGCCUACUCGGAGCGGUCUGGUGGGCACCUGCGUAGGCGGGUCUUCGUAGAGGUGCAGCCCAGCGACUCGGGGUUGCCCUCCGAGUCGGGGGCCAGCAGUGGGGCCCCGAGGUCUGGCCGCUUGCCGCUGCGCAACGGGCGAGUGGCUCACCAGGAUUUGCCUGGGGAGGGACCUGGCUGCUCCCACCUGCCCCUCACCAUACCGGCUUGGGACAUCUGA